AUGGCCAAGACAAGUUCAGCCAACGUCAAGAUGACGAAUUCAAGCAGCUCAUCGAUCGCAAAGACCUCGUCCUCUGGCAAAAGACUGUCAGUGGACCGCCCCUGGCAGUCGGAACAAGACCCGGGACACAGUUACCAGACGUCCACCCGAGGCAGCGGUACGUCCGAGCCUUUUACCCGCUGGCUUGACGAGCCCACCGGGCUUGGUCCGUACAAUAAUAUCGCGGAGGUGGCUGAGGGUGGCGGCGCGUAUACCACGUCGUCUGGAGGGCACCAAUCGAGCGGAGUGGCAGCCACGUGCAAGACGAAGCAUGGCCAGUCCAAGGAACACAAAAAGAAGCACCAUAAAAAGUGA